AUGUCUAAUCCCACAAGAGAGGGUUAUAGAGGAGAUGUUUUGGAUCUGCAAGACAAUGCAGAGGCUAGGAAAGCGCCAGCAAAUCAAAAACUAGUAGGAAAGGUGCUAACAAGCAAAAAUCUAAAUGCAACAACAGUUAAAAAAUUCAUAGACAAAAUGUGGGGUAACCCUCAAGGUUUGGUCAUCUCCAACACAGGAACAGAGUCUUAUAUUUUCAAUUUCAGCAAUCAAGAGGAUGCCAAGAGGAUUUACAACGACGGUCCAUGGAGGGUGUUGGGACAUAUGCUGAGCCUGCAAUGGUGGAGACCCGAGGUGUCUAAGUAUGAGGUAAAUUAUGAUCUUCUUCAUAUUUGGAUUCAAAUAUAUGAUUUAUCCCUAGAUAAGAUAAAUAGAGAGAAUGCUGAAAAAAUAGGAGCUACUGUGGGAAGAGUGAUUGAAGUGGAAGAUUCUUUUGUGGAAGAAAAUUUACUCAGAACCUUCUUUAGAAUAAAGGUAGAGUUAAAUACCCUUAUUCCUCUAAAAACUGGAUUUUGGUUUCAAAGGAGAGAAGAAAAUUAUUCGUGGGCUAAGAUAAAGUAUGAAAAGCUGUGUGAUUACUGCUAUAAUUGUGGAAGAAUUGGCCAUGAUAGGAGAGUAUGCAAAAUGGAAAUGGCUAUGGCAGUUGAAAAUCCAGAACUACCAAGAUAUGGUCCAAAUCUUUCAAUUGCAGGAUUAAGACCGAUUGCUGCUUCAGCUGCAAGGUUCGACAUUCAAUUACAGAAGCAAAUAAACAGUGAUGGGGAGAACCAGAUUUGGGAGGCGUGUGAAGAAAGCCUAUGGAAUGGAGAGUCCAAGCAAACGAAGCCAAGAGAUGAGAUAGGGUCAAAUCAACAGCAUGGUAUGUUUGCAGAAGCUAGUAUGAUUAGUGACAACCAAGAGAGGGUAGAGGAUACAGAUAAAAGACAGAGAUUGAGACACAUGGAAGAAGAAAUUGCAGUUGGGGAAAAUAAAGGGCUAGAUGAAAAGUAUGUGACUGGAGAGGGUGACAUGACUUAUUAG